AUGCUUACACCCCAAACGACCCCCACUCACCGGCGCUACGGCUUGAACUACUAUGAGGACGAAUAUGGCGUCAAGGACGACGAUGAGAGCUUCGAGCAUGCUGGAGACAAUUGCGAAGACGAUAGCGAAGGCGACGAGGAGCACAACCUAUAUGCGAUGAAACCGGCUACCCAGGCAGCAGUGGGCUUCUUCAAAUCUUACGCUCGCUCACUUCCCAAGGACCAGCCUGAAAGUCAGACGCAUGCGGGCUCACCUGCCAUCGAUGCAAGCUCCCUCACAGGUGCGUUUGCGACUUCACUUCACGCCUCCCCUCAUAUGACUCAAUCCAAGCUUUGCGACUGGGAUCAUUCAGCUAAUGGCAGGUACAGAGGUCGAGGACUCUUCAGCAACGUCACUUCGAGGCGCAACAUCAACAGUAACAUUAGCAAAUCUCAUCAAAGUGCUUCGCCCUUCAAGCACACAUUCCCACAGAGUAAAACACCUUCGAAGGAAUUCACCCCUGUCAAACUCGGCAUGUUCAGCACAUUUGCUCCAUCUUUCGUCGGGGGCAGACCUGGCUCGCAAGCGCCACCUUCGACGAUGCAGGAUAGUGUCGAGCAGUCGUUCGUCGGCAAUCUCGGCAACCUGAAUGACGGCUUUCGCACGCUCGAGGAAGACGGUGGAAUUCCUAGCAAUCCUUACCUUGCUUACGACAACAUUGGUAGCAAUGAGUUCGAAGCUUAUCUGAGGGGCGAACAAGUAAACGAGCACCCCGUGAAUGGAGAUACCUCACGGCCGCGAUUCAUAAAUGAAGGCUUGGUUCAAAGCGAGCAGGAACUCAAAGAUAUACCCACGAACACAACUGAGGAUCAAGGUUCGGUGGACGCUCAAGUACCAGGUGUGGAAACUGUGGCAAGGGGAGACGAGGCCGGGCCCGACGAUGAAGGCUACCAGGGAGACCGUGAGGAGGCGCAAACAAGACCAGAGGUGAAACAACGUAAGAAGCGUGCCGGCCUUCUCACCCAGAUUUAUGGCCCGCCACCAAAGCUUCCAUCGAACAAGGACUCCAAAACCGUGGCCGGUGAGCCUCUCGGCCGUACAAGAGCUGCCACGACCAAGGCGAUCGAAGAGCAGAAACGCAAGCGCCCGAAUACUCGUUCAGGAGGUGCUGUGGUGGUAAUCAAGCAGAUCAGGAGCAGUAAGCGCAAUAAAGCCACUGCCCGUGCUGCCACCUUACGAAAGACAGCCAAAAAGGUCGAUGCCCAUACACCUCGACGUGUCUCGAAGAUGAGCGUGGCGAGUGGUACGAGGAAAUCUGCCAGUACUGGUGGUCUUCGGAAUUGGAAGGGUGAGAAGUUGGAGCUCGGCCCUGGGCAAGGCAUUGUGGUUAUUCGUCGGGAGUAG